AUGAAGAUGAACAGUACGGUGGUAUUUCUUUUCUUCCUGGCAACAGCCUGGGCAGCCCCAGCCUCUCACAAUGAACGUAGUAGCGCUGGAGACAAUAAGGAUGUGUCAAAUGCAAAUAAUGUCGGUGAACAUGACGUUGUGAAGAAUAACCAGGAAUAUUUUGAACACCAAAAUGCAAGGAAAGCCAGUGGAAAUACCAGUCCCAUCAGUGAAGGACACAGUGGUGCUAAAAGUAAAGAAAGUGGAAUAAAAGAAUCCCACGCUAGUGUAAUCCCAUAUAAUGGUGCUGCUGAUUUUGUUGAUGCCAAUGGAAACAGGGAUGGAAAAGACAAGACCAACCUUAGUAAUGUCGAAACACCUGGAAGUAAUAAAAACAAAGCUACCAAUGGACAUGGUGCUGGAGGGGAAAGUAUUAAUGGUAACAAGGAAGAUGGGGUCUUUAGCUUCUCACUCAGUGAGACUGGAGGAGGAAAUGCUCAUGAUACAAGACAAACAGAGCUUUCUAGGCUUCAUCAAAACAAUCAGGGAAAUAAGGUGGGAGAUACAUUUAAUGAUACUGCAGGAAGCCAUAGCAACCAGGUUCAAAUCCUAACUAACACUUAUAUAGGUGUACCUGAAAGAAGAAAGCCUGCAGAUAACACAAAUCUGAAAUCUAAGGGAAACAAGGUAUAUGGAGAAAGUAUACAGUGGACAGGCAUGAAUGCAGGUGCCAGUGGUAAUGGUGGAAAUACAGCUGAAGAAGGGUCUUCUGACGGGUGGGUUGAUGGAAACUCUGAAGACACGGAGGAUCUUGGGGCACAUGAGACUGAAAAGCAUGGCGAUGGAAGCAGAAGUCAAGCUGACGACGGUAAAGGAACAACCAAUUAUUCUCUCAGCACCAGCGAAGAAGACAGUUCCCAACAACAUAAUAACAUAAGCUCUGAAAAGGAUGAAACCGUGGAGUUGUGUCACAAAGCAAAGAAGAAUGAACACACAGGCAUUAAAAAGAAAGGGAAUAGAGUUCUGGGCAAUAAUGGUCACAAGAAGAAAGGAGUGGCUGGGAACUAUGGUGUCACAGAUGGUAACUUGAAUGGUGAAAGAAGGAAUAUCCUCCCUGGCACCCCUAGGAAAUUCCUAGGAGGACUUACUAACACGAACAGCUCUCAAGAUGCCAAUGAACAUAGGAGCAAGCCUAGAGAUGACUCCAGCAGCACCAGCAAAGGAGAUGAGAGCAUUGAUACUUAUAGUUUUAGUGAUGAAAUCAUGCAAGGAGAUGAUCCCGAUGACAUCCAUGAGUCUGAAGGCUCUGAGAACAAUGAAAAAGUUGAGGAAGAGAGUACCAGUGAGGACGCCAGCGAUGAGCUGUCAGAGAGCAAUGAUGGAGACAGGGGCCGUCAACCACAGAGCAGUGAGGCUGAGAGUGUCCGUCAAUCAGCAAGCAGUGAGAGCCAAUCUGCUAGCGAUUAUACCAAAUCUGACAGCGGCAGUGACAGCGAGAGCAAAACUGCUAGCAGUGAAAGCAAAUCCGACAGUAGCAGCAACAGUGAUGGCAAAUUGGACAGCAGUGGUAGCAAAUCUGAUAGUAGCAGUGAAAGUGAGGGCAAAUCUGACAGCAGCAGUGAGGGCAAAUCUGACAGCAGUGGCAGCAAAUCUGACAGCAGUGAGGGCAAAUCUGACAGCAGUGAAGGCAAAUCUGACAGCAGCAGCGAAAGCAAACCUGACAGCAGUGAGGGCAAAUCUGAAAGCAGCAGCGAGAGCAAAUCUGACAGCAGCAGUGAGGGCAAAUCUGACAGCAGCAGCGAGAGCAAAUCUGACAGCAGCGAGAGCAAAUCUGACAGCAGCAUUGAGAGCAAAUCUGAUAGCAGUGAGGGCAAAUCUGACAGCAGUGACAGCAAAUCUGACAGUGCCAAUGAGAGUGAGAGCAACUCUGAUAGCAGUGAGGGCAAAUCUGAUAGCAGCACCAAGGGCAAUAGCAGUGAUGAAUCAGAGAGCCGUGAAAGCAGCCGUCAAGCAGCUAGCAGUGAAAAUGGCAGCCAAUCAGGCACUGGCAAUGGUGCCAGUGACGAGUCAAAGAGCAAUGACAGUGAGAGCCAGUCAGCAAACCAUUCUGACAGUGGGAUGGCAUCUGUGAGUGAUGAAAGUGAUGGUGAUGGCGGUGACAUGGCCGAUACAACAGAAAAUACAAGUGACAGUGAAUCUGCUGAGGACGAGGACAGAGAGAGUGACCCUCCUAUGGGCCACGGGGACAGUGAAAGCGAAUCCAUAAGCGAAGGCAGUGAGAGCACCGACUCAACCAGUGAUUAUUAA